GAGGGCAGAGUGCCAUCAAAGGUGAUUACAGAGACAGUAAAGUUAUUUUAUGCCAGGCAAAACAAAAUGCUGGGUAUCUCAUAGUGUUUCAGAACCUGAUUUCAAAAGGAUCAUACAGCUAGAAAAUAAAAUUUAGCAUGGUGGACCGUUCUACAGGAUAUAUUUGUCAAUGGAAUUCUUCCAUAAUCAUACUACUAACAUGAGAAAAAAAUGAUUGUUAUUGAUUUGAAAUUUGACAAAAUUCCAAAGGCUACCUUUUCUCUUCUCAUUUUAGAGAAAAAUGAGCAGUUGGAAUUGUUGGAUUUGCAAGAUGUGCAGAGAUGAAUCUAAGAGGCUUCCUUCAAACAUUACUUUGGAGGAAGUAUUACAGUGGGGCCAGUCUUUUGAAAAGCUGAUGGCUACAAAAUAUGGUCCAGUAGUCUAUACAGCAUACUUAAAAAUGGAGCACAGUGAUGAGAAUAUUAAAUUCUGGAUGGCCUGUGAAACCUAUAAGAAAACUGCCUCACGGUGGAGCAGAAUUUCUAGGGCAAAAAAACUUUAUAAGAUUUACAUCCAGCCACAGUCCCCUAGAGAGAUUAACAUUGACAGUUCAACAAGAGAAACUAUCAUCAGGAAUAUUCAAGAACCCACUCAAACGUGUUUUGAAGAGGCUCAAAGGAUAGUGUAUAUGCACAUGGAAAGGGAUUCCUAUCCCAGAUUUCUAAAGUCAGAAAUGUACCAGAGACUUUUGAAGACUAUUCCGUCCAACAACAAUUCCUAACUAUCACUCAAAAGUAUAAAUUGAAAACAGUGUAUUGAAAGUGCUGGCUUUGUUUCUUUAAUUAACACACACACACACACACACACACACACACACACACAUACAAUCAGAAAUAGAAGAGGAAUGAAAUAGAAGAAAUCAAAUUGCAUAUUAAUUUCUUCUCAUUCUCAAAGAAAAAUAGAUCCCCAAAGGGAUGGACUCUUGAACAGUUAUAACAUGAAAAACACAGUUUAUGGCUUGCCUAUGUAGCUCAUGUAACAUAUAGAAAAAAUGAAGGCCUUCAUAACACCAAUAUUAUGAAGUUUUUACUACAGUAGUCAAUAAUGAUGGUUUCUUAUUAGUGAAAUUUUGUUGUCAUAAUGCACAGAUCAGUUCUUUAAAAACUGUAGCUAUAUGAGCUAUCUCUAGCAUGAGUGUAUUGUACAGAUGGAGUGCUUGUAAUAACUUCAGUUAGUAGACAAACAGUAUAUGAAGUACAAUCAAUGGUCUAAUAUUAUGAGUAAUAUAAAAAGUUGUGUCUUGAGAGAUAUUUUAGCUGUGAAAUUUUCCUAUUAUAUUCAUAAUUAAACUUCUAUAUCAUAUAUAUCUUCUACAUGUGAAAAAUUGCUGAUGAUUCUAAGCUAUUAAUAAUGUAUAAAAUUCUUCAUUUAUUUGUAUAUUGAUAUAAGGAUAGAAAACUUAGUUCCUAUAUUUUAAGUAUUGUUUCCUCACAAUGUGAAUUUAUCAUGGUCCUGAUAAUCAAUAAAUCUAAAUAUAAACUAAAGUCUUAUAAAUCCAUGCUUUUAUGAUUAUCAUAUGAUCUCCCUGAUACAAAGAAUUUGAGAGGCAAUGUGGGGGUUUGG